AUUCCUAUAAAAACGUAGAGAUCCUUAGAAACAAAAUCCCAAUUCUCCUCCACCGCCUUUUCUUCCCUAUCUUCUCAUUUCUCCUUUUCUCUCUUCUUUUUGCUACACAGAGAAUUCAGUUAUGGCCGGAAGCGGUGUCGUUACAGUUUACGGAAAUGGUGCUCUCACAGAGACCACCAAGCAAUCCCCCUUUUCAGUGAAAGUGGGUCUCGCUCAGAUGCUUCGCGGCGGCGUUAUCAUGGACGUUGUUAAUGCUGAACAGGCUCGUAUAGCCGAGGAGGCCGGCGCGUGUGCUGUCAUGGCUCUUGAGCGUGUCCCUGCUGAUAUACGCGCUCAGGGCGGCGUUGCACGUAUGUCGGAUCCCCAGCUUAUCAAAGAAAUCAAACAGGCUGUGACUAUUCCUGUUAUGGCCAAGGCUCGUAUUGGUCAUUUCGUGGAGGCUCAAAUCCUUGAGGCUAUCGGAGUAGAUUACGUUGAUGAAUCGGAGGUGCUUACCCUUGCUGACGAUGAGAACCACAUCAACAAGCACAAUUUCCGUAUCCCUUUUGUCUGUGGCUGCCGUAAUUUGGGUGAGGCCCUUCGCCGUAUCCGUGAGGGUGCUGCCAUGAUUCGGACCAAGGGGGAAGCCGGUACCGGAAACAUCAUCGAGGCUGUUCGUCACGUGCGUUCCGUUAUGGGUGAUAUCAGGGUGCUGCGAAACAUGGACGAUGAUGAGGUUUUCACUUUCGCUAAGAAGAUUCAGGCACCAUACGAUCUGGUGAUGCAAACAAAGCAACUGGGUAGGCUCCCUGUGGUUCACUUUGCAGCAGGUGGGGUGGCGACACCAGCAGACGCAGCGCUUAUGAUGCAGUUGGGAUGUGACGGCGUGUUCGUGGGUUCCGGUAUCUUCAAGAGUGGUGACCCUGCAAAGAGGGGACGCGCAAUCGUGCAAGCAGUGACUCAUUACAGUGACCCACAAUUGCUGGCUGAAAUUAGCUGUGGGCUUGGUGAGGCUAUGGUUGGAAUUAAUCUUGAUGAAAAGGUGGAGAGGUAUGCCAAUCGUUCCGAGUGAUGAUGGUUGUAAGUUUUAGAAAGUCUUUAUCUUGUGCUUGGAUGAGAGUAUGUUAUACUCUCUGGGA